ACUCUGUGCUGUGAACACCUUUACGAAAUCUGUGGCUGUAUAUAACUUACCCUAUGCUGUGAAUCAAACCAAUGUUUUGAAAUUAGAGGUUAGGCGUCACUUAAAUUUUUUAUUAGGUUUUUAAACAUUAUUUUAUACAUAAAUAUUAUGUAGUGAAAACAGUUUAAACAGAAACAUGAGCUCACCUAGAAAUGACACGGAAGAGCCAUCCGUCGCCGCAGUAGAGUCAAAAAGUGCUUCUACUGGAAGUAAUGACGCCGGCGCGUCAGGUCACCAUCAAGCCGCGAAGCGAAGACUCUCUAGUACAGCAGUGAUAGAAAUAUCAGAUACUGAGAGUGAUGAUUCCGAUGUUUGUGCUGUAAACUCGUACCAAGCGACUGCCGACGAAGUCAAAAGGAUUCGUAAAGACUACACCUCUUCCUCAUCAUCAUCAUCAUCAUCAGACUAUAGCUCGGAUUCAGAGUCCCCCUGGGAGGAUGACUCUAUUGUUAUAAAGGAUAAGUUUGAGACCAAAGCUAAAAGAGCAGAGCUCAAUCCACGUGCAAAUAGGAUGGAUGACCCCCAGCUUAAUGCAGCAAUAAAGUUAGAAGAAGUAAUAGAGAGAUUAACAAGUCACUGGAACGAUGACCGGGAUCAUUUGAGCAAAGAAGUAACCUUGACAUGCCAGCCUUUCAAGGUGUGUCGUGUACACAACUUACUUGCUAAUCCUGAGAUCAUCAAUAACAUAGUAGACGACAUGAACACUCUAGACUGGACACGAAAGAAAAUGGAUCUUUAUGAGUUUCACCAGACAACAGAUCUUGCCAACUUAACGUGGCAAAGGAGUAUAAGAGGCAUCUAUGAACUCUUAAAGACUGAAUUAAAAAAUUGGGUAUCACAAGUUACAGGCUUAGAAUUGCAUAGUGUGUCAGCAUCAUGUUCACUGUACGGCCCUGGAGAUCACUUGCUCAUUCAUGACGAUCAAAUGACUGACCGGCGAGUGGCAUUUAUUUUUUACCUAGCACCGUGGCACCCUCCGGACCUCCAACAUCACAUUCAUAAUGGCGAUGGUGAUGCUACCAAUCACAAAGGUGCGCCGUGGUGCGGGUGGUCGGAGAGCAUGGGCGGCGCGCUAGAGUUGUUUGCGCGGGACGCCAGCGGAGCGCCCACCGACGUGGAGCGCCGGCUCUACCCGGCCAACAAUACGCUCGCAUUCUUUCAAGUCGGCAAGGACUCCUUCCACCAGGUGGGCGAGGUCCUGUCUAUGGAGUUGCCGCGGCUGUCGAUAAACGGCUGGUUCCACGGCCCCACGUCCGAGUCGAGCGCCGCUGCCCCCGAAGACUUAGUCCUGCACAAACCGCAUUCGCAAGUGGUGGUGGUGCAGCAGUGGCUUCAGAGCACGUACAUGUCGACGCGAGUGCGGGCUCAGGUGCAGGCGCAGAUGGAGAGGGCCAGCGAGGUCAGCCUCCGAGACCUGCUGCAGCCCGACUGCCUCGCCGCGCUCAUGGCGGCCCUCGAAGCGCCCGACGUAGAGUGGGAGCCGUGUUCGGGGCGCCAUCGGCGGCGCUACAUGCGCGUGUCCGCCGCGUGGGCGGAGGCCGCGAUGAAGGCGGAAUCGGGGAGCGAGCCGAAUCCGGUGGCGGGGCUCCUGCGGCUGGCCGGCAGCGCGGCCUUCGUCCGCGUGCUAGCCGAUUGCACCGACCUCGCGCUCGCCUCCUACUCCGGCCUGGAGCUGCAGCGCUGGACGCCCGGCGACUACACGGUACGCCCGGGAUCGGUGGACGUCGCCGGCGACGGAGAGACUCCCUACAUUUUCCCGCUCUCCGCAGCUGCUGGCGGGCCGCGAACAGUACGAGAGGGCGCGGCUCGAGGCCACGCUGUAUCUGGGCGCGCCGGCGCGGGCCCUGAGCGGCGGCCAGCGCGUGUACGUGGCGCCGGAGGAGGCCGCGCGGGGCGAAGCGCUGCUGACCGUGCCGCCCGUUCACAACGCCCUGUCGCUGGUCUACUGCGACGCCGGAGCCGCCGCCUUCACCAAGUACCUCGGCCGCCUCGCCGCGCCGCCCCAUCGGAGACACUACGUGCUCGCCUGCAGCUACUACGAGUGAAUCGCGACCGAAAAGCGAUCUCGCAACACACGCCGUGUGCGGUACGCGCAUUCGCAACGUGCGGGUCGAACGCGGCACCCCUUUUUUUCCAGUCGGUCUACCGAGUCUACGAGGUGCGGUGACUUUGCUCGCGUUUCAACGUCCGAGUCGAGAGUACAUUGAACGGUGUCGAAUUGGAGGAAUUGUAAAUUAUUAUCCGAUUGUAAAUAGCGUGAACGGUGGCCGUUGUUGAUUAAACCUAAUUAAGUCGA